ACUCCUUCGGUAGGGUUUCACUAGAGCAUAGUUUUUAUUUUUUAGGGUUUGUGUUACUGCCACCGCCGUUCGCCGCCGUACAACCUCAACCAUCCAACCAUGGCCGUCGGCAAGAACAAGAGGAUAUCAAAGAGUAAGAAGGGAGGAAAGAAGAAAGCAACAGAUCCAUUUGCAAAGAAGGAUUGGUACGACAUAAAAGCACCGUCACUUUUUACUACUAGGAAUGUUGGCAAAACCCUUGUUUCUCGUACUCAGGGUACCAAGAUUGCUUCGGAAGGACUCAAACAUCGCGUUUUUGAGAUUUCUUUGGCUGACCUCCAAAAUGACGAGGACCAUGCCUACAGAAAGAUCCGUUUGAGGGCAGAGGAUGUUCAAGGGAAGAAUGUUUUGACCAACUUCUGGGGAAUGGACUUCACAACAGACAAGCUGAGAUCUCUUGUUAAGAAAUGGCAGUCUUUGAUCGAGGCUCAUGUAGAUGUCAAAACUACCGAUAACUAUACUUUAAGAAUGUUCUGCAUUGGCUUUACCAAGAAGCGUGCCAACCAAGUGAAGAGGACAUGCUAUGCACAAUCAAGCCAGAUCCGUCAGAUCCGUAGGAAGAUGAGAGAGAUAAUGGUAACCCAGGCACAGUCUUGUGAUCUCAAGGAGCUAGUUCAGAAGUUUAUUCCCGAAUCAAUUGGCCGAGAAAUUGAGAAGGCAACAUCUAGCAUUUACCCUUUGCAGAAUGUUUUCAUUCGCAAGGUUAAGAUUCUGAAGGCACCAAAGUUUGACAUUGGCAAAUUGAUGGAUGUGCAUGGUGAUUAUUCGGAAGAUGUUGGUGUUAAAGUGGAUAGACCUGUAGAUGAGGAAAUUCCUGAAGCAACUGAAGUGAUUGGUGCUUGAAAGAUCAGAGUUCUAUUGUUCUUUACUUUCUUACCUUUACUUUUUCUUCGGUUCAAGACCUGUUAAAAUGUUGGUUUUAUUUUGAUGGAGAUCAGUGGUGAUAUUUGUUAACCCUUGAUUGUUGGUUUCGCAAUUUUGUAGUCUCACUGUUUUGACGAUUUCUAUACAAUCUGAAACUUUUUAUCGA